AUGUUAACAAUUGUUGGUGUUUUAGAAAAGAUCUCCUCCUAUGUCGUCAAAGAUGACGGAGGAUCCGCAACAACUGCUGACAAGACCGUUGCCGGUGCUUGA